UCUUAGAAACUCCGUCUCUUGAAUGACUUCUUCCUCUUCUUCUUCUUCUUCUUCUUCACAGCUCUGCAUACGCGUUGCUCAAGCAUUGUAAGGCGUGUAAGAAUAACUCCCCACCCACCCCACACACACACACACACACACACCAAAAUGAGCCCCAGUGCCAUAAUCACGCGAUAAAAAAACAAGGGCGUCAGAUUUGCUGCUUAAUUUAUGAAUCGAACAAGUCAUGCAGGUAAAAAAAAUAAAUAAAUCAAAUCAAACAUGGAGGUAUUUUGUGUUUCUUCUUCUGCAAAUUGCUCCUCCGGUAACUCCAUCCAGCUGUUCCCCGGUUCAGUCAGGCGUUGUGGUCUUCUGUCACGUCUGUCCCUCAUCCAUCAAGCCCCCGCCGAGGAACGCGGUGUGUAAAUCCUUUUCUCUGCCACAUCAGCUGCGCACCGCCGCCACCGAAGUGAGCUUAAAAAUAUGUCUCUCUGCUCCAUCCCUCACACACACACACACACACACACACACACACACACACCAUCCCUGGAAAAAACAAAAAAACGCCAACUUCUCCUAAAAAGUAAACUGUCCACUUUUUCCAUCUCUCUCCUAUGUUUGCUUUUGCGUGUGAGCUUUUUUGUCUUUUUUUUUCCAGGGUGUCACACAGGCUGGUAGAGUUUUGUUGUUGUUGUUGUUGUUCUAACCUCCGAUCAUGUGUCUAGAUAUCGGCUCUCCAAGCGUCUUUCUCCGGCUAGUCCAAAUCAUUUCUACCCGGCUUGUCGGGACAGCAGCCGAGUCGUGAAGUCUCUGCAAUCACGUGAUCGAGACAAGACUGAAGAGUGUGUGUGUGUGUGUGUGUGUUUUCAGAGUGUGUAUCUGAGUGUCUCUCCGUGUGUAGUUAGAGGGGUGUCCCUCCUCCGCAUUUUUUUUUUUUUUUUUUUUUUUUUUUUGCUGCUUGCCAUGCUUUAGACGCCGGAGCGCAGGGAGAGAGGCGAGAGUGAGAGAGGUAACACCGGUCUCUCUCACCGGGCUACCCGUCUUUAUCAGUCUUACCUCUGGUCCUCGUCGGUUCUUCCUCACCUUUUUUUUUUGGAGCUCACCUUCCUGCGCUCGGUUUGUUUUUGUUGGUUUUUGCUUUUUUUUAAAAAGAGAAAAAGCUGAUCAUUUCUGCGGGGUUUCAUGCGGAUCUGAUCUGCCAGGAGGAGGAGGACAGCGGUUCUUGUCCUACACUGGGUUUUGAUCAUCUCUUCUUCUUCUUUUUUUUUUUCCUUUUUCUUUUUUGCUUUGGGUGCUCCAUUUGGACAGUAUAGGACAGCCGAGCAGAGCUUGGAUGAGCCACCUUGCUGAAAUCCCGAGAUGGAGUUGCUGCUGAUCUGCCUUUCCCUGUGGAUAUUGCAAUGCAAUUCGGCCAAAGCGGACUCCAUCAUACAUAUCGGUGCCAUAUUCGAGGAAAACGCUGUGAGAGAUGACGAGAUUUUCCAACUUGCCAUCUCAGACCUGAGUCUGAACGACGACAUUCUGCAGAGCGAGAAAAUCACCCACUCUGUGAAACUUAUCGAGCCUAACAACCCCUUCCAGGCUGUGCAGGAAGCAUGUGAGUUGAUGAACCAGGGGAUCCUCGCUUUGGUCACAUCCACGGGCUGCGCUGCCGCAAGUGCCCUGCAGUCCCUGACGGAUGCAAUGCACAUUCCCCACCUCUUCAUCCAGAGAAACGGGGAUGGUGCACCUCGCGCUGCCUGUCAGUUCAACCCCAGCCCAGACGGAGAGAGCUACACCUUGGCUGCCCGUCCACCUGUUCGAAUCAACGAUGUCCUCCUCACCCUUGUCUCAGAACUGCACUGGCAGAAGUUCAUCAUCUUUUACGAGAGCGACUAUGAUAUCCGGGGUUUGCAAACCUUUAUGGACCAGGCAUCUCGUCUGGGUCUGGAUGUUUCCCUGCAAAGGGUGGACCGCAACGUCAGCCGAGUUUUCAAUGACCUCUUUAACACGAUGCGCACCGAGGAGCUCAACCGGUACAGGGACACUCUGCGGAGAGCCGUGUUGCUCAUGAGCCCUCGAGGUGCACAGGUGUUCAUCCACCAGGCUGUGGAAACCAACUUGGCAUCCAAGGACAGUCACUGGGUCUAUGCCAAUGAGGAGGUGAGUGAUGCAGACAUCAUGGAGUUGGUUCACAGCUCUUUGGGGCGGAUGACCAUAAUUCGUCAGAUCUUCCCAUUGUGGAGAGACACCAACGUCCGUUGUAUGAGGAACAAUCAUCGAAUCUCGUCCCUGCUCUGUGAUCCGCAGGAAGGCUAUCUGCAGUCCCUGGAGGUGUCCAACCUCUACCUGUAUGACAGUGUUUUGAUGCUGGCCAACGCCUUCUAUCGGAAACUGGAGGACAGGAAGUGGCACAGUAUGGCCAGUCUUAACUGCAUGAGGAAGUCCACCAAACCAUGGAAUGGAGGAUGGUCUAUGCUGGAUACCAUCCAAAAGGGACGGAUCAGUGGCCUGACAGGACUGAUGGACUUUCGCGCUGAAGGCUCUAAUUCCCAUGUGCAAUUUGAGAUUCUUGGAACCAGCUACAGUGAGACAUUUGGAAAAGAUGUGAAACGGCUGGCAUCUUGGGACUCCACUCGAGGUUUGAAUGGUAGCCUAAAGGAGAACCGGAUAGAGAGUGGUAUGCAAGGAGUUACGCUCAAGAUUGUAACAUUGCUGGAAGAGCCGUUUGUGAUGGUGGCAGAGAAUAUUCUGGGCCAACCUAAGAGAUACAAAGGUUUCUCAAUUGAUGUCUUGGAUGCCCUGGCCAAGAUUCUGGGCUUCAAAUAUGACAUAUACCAAGUUGGAGAUGGGAAGUAUGGCUCAGCACUCCCUAAUGGAUCCUGGAAUGGCAUGAUUGGAGAGCUUAUUGGCAAGAAAGCUGACUUGGCCUUAUCAGCCAUCACCAUCACCCCGGAGCGUGAGAGUGUGGUGGAUUUCAGCAAGCGCUACCUUGACUAUUCAGUGGGAAUCCUGAUGCGCAAAUCAGAAGAAAAGAUCAACAUUUUCUCUUUGCUGGCACCAUUUGACCUGGCAGUGUGGGCGUGCAUUGCGGCAGCCAUCCCCGUAGUGGGUAUCAUGAUCUUCCUGCUUAGGCGCAUCCAGGCAGUGCGCUGCCAGAACAAUGCAGGAGGUCAUCCACCGCCUUCUGUCUCCACCUCACUUCAGAGUGCCAUUUGGAUUGUCUAUGGUGCUUUUGUACAACAAGGCAGUGACUCCAUCCUGGGAUCAGUGGCUCUGCGUAUCGUCAUGGGCAGCUGGUGGCUCUUCACCCUCAUAGUGUGUUCAUCCUACACGGCAAACCUCGCUGCCUACCUCACCGUGUCACGCAUGGACAAUGCUGUCCGGUCAUUCCAGGACCUGUCCAGGCAGGUUGACCUGGUUUAUGGGACCGUGAGGGAGUCGGCGGUGUACGAGUAUUUCCAGGCCAAAGGCACCAACCCUCUGGAGCAGGACAACACAUUCGCUGAGCUGUGGAAGACCAUCAACAAGAACAACGGCUUCGAGAACUCUGUCUCCAGCCCAUCAGAGGGAAUCAAGAAGACAAAGCGAGAGUCAUAUGCUUUUCUGUGGGACAUGGCGGUGGUAGAGUAUGCCGCUCUCACAGACGAUGACUGCACACUGACUGUAGCAGGAAACAGCCUGAGCACCAGAGGCUACGGCAUCGCACUGCAGCACGGCAGUCCUUACCGAGACCUCUUUUCUCAGAAGAUAUUGGAGCUUCAGGAAAAAGGUGACCUGGACAUCCUGAAGCAGAAAUGGUGGCCGAAGAAAGGCCGCUGUGAUCUGCAGAGCCACGCAGACGCCCAGCCGGAGGGACGGGCGCUGCGUCUCCACAGCUUCGCUGGCGUCUUCUGCAUCCUGGCCGCUGGGCUGCUGCUGGCCCUCCUGGUGGCUGCACUGGAGACCUGGUGGAACAGCAACCACUGCCGGAGAGAGCAGCCCAAAGAGCAGGUGACUAAGGAUUACGGUCUGGAAAGGGUUUCUGGUCCAUUGACAUAUAAUGACAUAACAAGCGCUUCACCAGAAGGGAGGCGGGAGAUAUGGACAGACAGAGAGAGAGACUGGGAGGAGGCCGAGGCUCUUGACACAGGACAAAGAGGUGAACCUGGAACAGGUCCACCAGCGUUUGAACAGCCUCCUGGACGAGGACUUGGCCCACAAGCAACUGCCAGGCCAAUCUAUCGAGAUCUCUGCCCUGGACAUUGGCAGCAUGCAGCCCAGCCAGUCCCUGGAGGCCUUGUCUGUUCGGGACUACCCAGCCCACCGGGGGCCGCCGCGGCUCUCCGUGACCACCUUCCUCCAGGAGGGUCAUGGGGCAGGAAGGACACUGGGCGCGGCCGCUGGCAGGACCUUGCCCCUGCCCCUCAGCAGUGCCACCAUGCCCUCUAUCCGCUGCAAACACAGGGCACCCAAUGGGGGUCUCUUCCGACAGAGCCCAGUCAAGACACCAAUGCCAAUGUCCUACCAACCAGUGCCAGGAGGACCCAUCCCAGAAGCCAGUAAGCCCAGCCACGGGACAUCCAUCUGAGCACGCAGAACAUUCACAGACACUCAAGCUCAAACAGAAUAGUGGAGAGCUAACCAGAGUGCUAACAGUGUGAAGAGUUAUAAAUAAAACACUAAAAAAGGAUUUUUAUUACAAGUGGGAAGAGUCAGUGGGACUACACAUGACAAGACACUGAGACUUUAAUGUACAUAUUUGUAAGUACAAAGAGAGAGAGAGAGAAGCAACAUUAAAAAGUGUAUUUUGAAUAUUCAACAGUUGAGUUUAAAAAACAUAAAAGUAUUAAAAAAAAGACUGUUUGAAUGGCUUUGUAAAUUUUGUUCUAAAUGAAUAAAGGUGACAAUUCUUUGUGGUUGUUUUCUAAGUGCCAA